GUUGUGACAGGUGUUUGGCCCGAAUCAAAGAGCUUUUCUGAUGAAGGCUUUGGUCCCAUUCCUAAAAAAUUUAAAGGGCGAUGCGAAAAUGAAAAUGAUCCAACAUUUAAAUGCAACAGGAAGCUUAUUGGAGCGAGAUAUUUCUUCAAAGGAAUUGCGGAAGUGCUUGCAUCAAGUAACACAACCGUUAACAUAAAGCCAAGCCCUCGAGACAUGAUGGGCCAUGGGUCCCAUACCUUAUCAACUGCGGGGGGGAAUGUUGUCCCUGUGCUAAGAAAUGAUGCAUAUUGUUUUGAAGCAUUGGAUAUAAACAAUGUUAGCGUAAAAGGCGGGUCGCCUAGAUCACGAGUCGUUUCCUACAAAGCGGUGUGGCCAGAAUUGAAAAUAUCGAAAGCGAUUGCAUGUUAUAUGGAUUCGUUGGCAGCUAUGGAAGCUGCAAUAGGUGACGGUGUUGAUGUAAUUAAUUUAUCAUUAGGAGCGGUGUACACCCUUAACGACCUCAAAGCACCAGGAGAUUACUAUUUCCAAGAUCCUUAUUCAAUCACUUCCUUCCACGCUAUGGUCAACGGCAUCGUUAUCGUUACUUCUGUUGGAAAUGACGGACCAAAGCCACCUGUUGUCGGCAACCCAGCUCCAUGGGUGCUCACGGUUGCCGCCGGUACUAUUGACAGAGAGUUCACGUGCAAUAUCAUUUUAGGCAAUGACCAAAAGAUUAAGGCGGCUCGAUAUUUUGAUCCACCAAGUAAUGAUACAUUUUACCCUUUAAUCAGUGGUGCAGACGCUCGCAUUAUUGGUGCUGAUUUGACUAAUGCAUCAUAUUGUUUCCCUGAAACUCUUGAUCCAGUGAAGGUAAACGGGAAGAUUUUAGUUUGUACCGUGGAACAGGGAGAUUUAAAUAUGCCUUAUUUGACAAUAGAAGCAACAAAAAUUGGAGCCAUCGGCGUCAUCGCAACAAAUAACGAAAUCCUUGGAUCUACAUUGUUUCCUGACUCUAAUCAAAUGCUUCCCACGGCGCACAUUACCUAUAAAGACGCUCAAUCUCUUUUUUCUUAUAUCAACUCUACAAGGACUCCAACGGCAAAACUUACUCAAACAAGAACGAUAGUGCAAACAAAGCCAGCUCCAGUUGUUGCCGAAUUCUCAUCUAAGGGUCCUAACACAAUCACUCCCGAGAUUUUGAAGCCUGACGUACUAGCUCCCGGGGUAAGUAUUAUCGCUGCUUGGUCACAAGAUCCAAAUGCUACUAUGUCCGGCGCUUAUUUUCCACAUAGCGGAACAUCAAUGGCAGCUCCUCAUGUUGCUGGUAUUGCUGCACUUCUUCGAAAACUAUAUCCUCACUGGACCCCAAGCGCCAUCAAAUCUGCUAUUAUAACUACAGCAACCCCCUUGGACAACAGCGGUAUGAGAAUGCAUGAAGAUGAUAUGGUGCACGAGGCUACACCAUUUGGUUUUGGCGCAGGCCUAGUACAACCCAACCAAGCGAUGGACCCUGGUCUAGUUUAUGACAUGACUGUAAAUGAUUACAUUGACUUCCUAUGUGCACACCAUUUCAACAAUACAGUUCUCGAACUAUUCACCAAACAAUACGCUUAUAAAUGUCCUCAAUCAGUUAAUAUCUUGAAUUUGAAUUAUCCUUCUAUCACUAUUCCUAACUUCUCAGGUAGUGCAAGUGUUACUCGAAAGUUGAAAAAUGUUGCACAACCGGCCACAUAUAAGGCACGCAUCAAAGCACCACCUGGGAUUUCAAUCAUAGUAAAGCCUAAUACGUUGGUAUACUCUAAACCGAACCAAGAAAAAAAAUUUAAACUUAUCUUCUCCUCAGACAUCAAUCAUCUUCCUCUUGAUUACCAAUUUGGAAGUUUGGUGUGGUCAGAUGGUAAGCAUAUUGUAAGAAGCCCUAUUGUCAUCAAGGCCAAACACAGAACUACUCCCCUUAAACAUUAGUCAUUAGUUAUACUUUCUUUAGUUGUAUCUUUUUUUAGUAAGUUUUUCUUUUCAUUGGCUUAAUUAGUUUUGUACUACUCUAGUUUAAUAAGAAAACAUGAUCAUAGAAAAUUGAUGGAUGGUUUACGAUGCUUUUACUUUAAUAUCGUCUUACACCUAUGUUUUGUAUAUAUUUUUCUAAACAAUCAAUCAUCUAAUCAUUACCAUUACUAUUGAUAUUUCAUUUUUA